AUGGCUCCUUCCAGGCUCCCCUGCAGGCUCCGUGCCCCGCUUGAGGCCGCAGCUCCGCGGGCUGCACUUCACCAGUGCCUCUCGGAGGGAGCAGCGGCCGCGUUCACCACCAGCGGCAUCGGGAACGGUCCCGUCCAUGGCACCUGCCCCCAGCGGGGAGCGUCACCUCCUCCCUGCAGGCGGCUCUGCCGGGAGCCCGCCCGGGCCCUCAGCCCCCGGAGCUCCAGCUCCACCUCAGCCGCUCACCGGUUACAGCGCGACGGCAGCGCCGCGAUCCCCACCGGGCCGCACGCUCCGUUCACCUCCCGGCAGCCUCUGCCCCCCGAGACACAGAGGGGACGGGAAAGGAGCACCCGGUCCCGCUGCGCACCGCGGACGGAGCCCAUCCUGCUCCCCCCCAACGCCUCCCUCCAGCCCGAGGGGCCGCUCCCGGUUACAGCUGCGGCCGCUGCCCCGAGCGGGACCGGCGGGCGGGGACCGCAGCCUCGCUCCGAGCGGCCCCAAAGGCCGCGGCCUUCCCCCCCCAGCCCCGGUGCUCGGUGCCCGGUGCGGGCCCGGCCGCACUCACCGCCCGGAGCGCCGCUCCCCGCCGCAGCCCGUUGGCGACAGCAGCUGCCAAUCACCCUCGGCCCCGCCCCCGUGUAG